AUGGAAGCAGCGCAAAAGGCCACUGAAGAAUUUAUCUGGAUGGUAGACGCAAACGAGCCUGUUUGGGUGAAGAAACCUUUUGCGGAUGGUACAACAGAAAUUCUGAAUACGAAUGAGUUGUACGGAACAUUUCCUCAGGGCAUGGGGCUCAGCAGCAACAUGAAGAGAGAAGGCAGCGGGGACACCUCAAUUGUUUCUAUCACAGGAGCUGAAUUGGUUGAUGUCUUCAUGGAUGUGAAUAAAUGGAUGAAAAUAUUUUCAUUAAUUGUAACAAGAGCAGAGACCUUGCAAGUUGUGUCUCAAGGGGUUGGUGGUCACAGAAAUGGUUUACUUCAACUGAUGUAUGCUAAGCUACAGAUUCUAUCUCCUCUUGUUCCCACGAGACAUAUAUCUUUUCUUCGGUUUUCCCAGCAGCCAACCAAUGGAAUGUGGAUAGUGGUAGACUUUUCUCUAGAAAAUUUGAACUACAGUAUUUCACCCUCCGUUGGAUGGUACCAUAAGCAUCCGUCUAGAUGUGUUAUACAAGAUAUGCCUAAUGGGUGUUCAAAGGUCUUUAUUCUUUUUAGUUCUGUCGAUUGGCCUAACUAUAAUAGUAGCAAAGAAAUUGUGAUUUGGAUAGAGCAGGGUGAGACAGAUUAUAGAAUAGUUCAUAAAAUAUUUGAGCAAGUCAUCAACAGCGAAAUGGCCUUUGGCGCCCAGCAUUGGCUGACAUGCUUGCAGAGGCAAUGCUGUUGGUUUAAAACUCUAGUAGAUCUCACCAGCGAAGAAGCUGUUUCCCGGACAAAUAUGAUAAGAUUGGCGCAGAACAUAAGCAGUCAAUUUGUUGCAAACAUAAGUGCACUCUCACAAUCCAGCAACGACCCUAUUAAAAUCACAACAAGAAACGCUUCCGAAGUGGGACAAUCCAGUGGUGUUAUUGUCUGUGUUGGAACUUCUAUCAAGCUUUCUGUCCCCCCAAACGUACUGUUUAAUUUUUUGGGGGAUGAGCGAACCGCAUCAAAGGAAGGCGAGACAGAGAAGAUGCUGAAACAUAGUUACAGAGACGCAUCGGGUUCUUUUUGUGUGUAUACAGAAAUAAAUGUUGACAUCAUCCAUGGUAAGGAUGCUUCUUCAUUACCCAUUGCCGCUCAUCAUGGAUUUGCAGUACUACCAUAUCAUACUUCAACUGCCGUUAAUUCACUUAUACCAACCACUAUAUUACAUGAGGAAGCCUCGGCCACCAGCCUUGACAGUGUAGGUUCACUUGUUCAGGGUGUGCCCGCGCCCAAAAAAGAGGCAGAAGCUGGACCCCACAGGGUGUAA